UCAAUUGAUGGAGGACCCCACGGUACAUGGUUCCAUAAUGGAAGAACCUCUAUAUAAAAGAGCCUCUUCACUCCCCCUCUCAUCAUGUCUCAUUCUCAUCCAUCAAUCCACAAAACAUAAUCAUCUUCCUCUCUUAAUAACACUACCACCUAAGACAAACACACUUCAAUCUUCACCGACAGUAAUAGUAAGAGAUAAAAGGUUUUGAAUCUUUUAAAGAUGAUGGCUUGUGGCUUAAGCAAGAGCCUUGGGUUCUCUUCCUCCUUGAAGCAGCAGCAAGGCAUAGUGACCAUCCUUGGUACCGGUGACUGUAACAUUCCGUCGAACACUUCAUCUGCACUUUCGCUCAGGCGGACUUUCUCCGCCGAUCUCUCCUCCAAGAAUUGGGUAUCCCAGAAUGGGCUGAAGAGGAUCUCUUCCUCGGAGAAGCUCCGUACCUUUGGUGCUGACUCGCCGAGCUCCGGCGACGAGGAAGAGACAAGAUCAGGGUUCGAUAUUUGGGCUCAAAUUCAAGAUGACAAGAAUAAGGAGGAGGAGAUUGAGCCGGGGCAAUCCGAUGUAUGGAGUUCGAUUCUUUCCGACAAGAAGAAGGUGUCGGAAUCGAGCGUUGUUCCUCCACCGUACGUUCAUCCUCUGAUGAAACGCGCCAGCUCCUUGAGCGAGAAAAGCCUCGAGAUUUGCACCGAGAGUCUCGGAUCCGAGACGGGUUGCGAAGGUUUCUCUUGGCACGCGUCGUCGUCGGAGACUGAAGAAGAUGCUGCUGAGAUCGAAGUUCUCAGCGUUACAGUGACCAAAGAGGAAGAAGAGACUGAGGUUGUUGAGGUUGAACAAGAACCAAUCACGGUUCCGAAUCACACACCAUGCAUCACGGUCACGGAGCUGCCUAGAGGAUCGUUCCCUCCUCCGAUUCGUUCUCUCGCGAGCCAAUCGGGUUCGGCUGCUCUGCACAUGAAAACUCGCCGUGACAAUGGCCGAUUGGUUCUCGAGGCUGUCUCUAUGCCGUCGCAUAACAACUUCUCCGCCAAGCGCCAAGACGGGCACCUCCUCCUCACUUUCGCAGAAAUCAGCGACGAAGAAGACGAAACUGAUGAGCUUCAGUGGGUCGAAGAUGAAGAAGAAGAGGAGGAGGAAGCACAAGAUGAGUUUGCCUACAGGCCCAGUGGGCUUCAGUACAAGCUGCCACAAAAGUCAAGUGAGCCUAUAAGUGUUCAUAGGUUGGUGGCGGCCCAUAAGCCUAUUGGAGUACCAAAGAGAAACUCGAGAUGGCCUGCGACGGAUGAGUUCGAGACCAAAUCCGACGUAGUCCACUCUCUGCCACCAAGGCCAAGGGUGGCUCAGCUCGCUCGGUCGAUGAAGCCGCCCUCCACGGUGGAUGACACAGUAGGAGCUGCAUGCUUCAACACAUGUGACUACUCUUGGAAGCCCACUAACACUGAAAUUUUCGGUCAGAACAUAAAAAACCAGUUCCAAGCCCAAAACUAUGUCCAGAAAUCGUUCACCGUUGGACAGGAAAGUUGGACUAAUGGUUGCAAGGAGCGAAGGAGAUCUCUUCUGUCUAUGGAGGCUUUUUGCAUUGCCACUUCAUAAGUUACAGACUACCCACAAAGGGGUAAUUUACAAGACCAAAAACAUAUGAUAUCUAUCUAUCUAUCUAUGUGUAUAUAUAUCUGAGUAUAUAUGUAUACUCGAAUAUAUAUGCAUAUUAACCAAAUAAUUGUUGUUGUUGAUGGUUUGUCUACCUUAUUUUUCUGCCUCUGUAAGUUUUACCACUUACCUUUUGGUUUGUGGGUAAAAAAAGAAAGAAAAAAAAAUAAAGAGUCAAGAUUAGGAGAGGGAAGAAAGGAGGAGUGAAAAUUACAGAGUAAUGUUAUUGUUUUUAACGAGGCUGUAAACCUUGUUGGAGUAAAACAUAUUUAUGAAAGUGUU